AUGCUUCAGUUUUAUGAACUCUGUCGUUUAUGUGCACAAAAAAAAAAAAAUAAAUUUAAUUUAUUCAAUGGGGAAAAUAAUGAAAAUGAUGCAAAUUCAUUACUGAAUAAAAUUUUAAAUUGCCUAUCUGUUCAAAUUUCACCAGAAGAUAUGUUGCCUAAAAUAAUUUGUUUCGAUUGUCAAAAAUUAGUCGAACAAUUCAAUAGUUUUCGAAUUAAGUGUAACAAAGCAGAAGAAAAAUUGUAUAAGUUAUUAUCAGUGAGUUCGACCAAUAAGUUAUGUGUAACACAAAUCAAACAAGAAUAUUUAGAUACCGAUUGUCAUGAAAAUUACAAUGCUCAAAUCGAAAUAGAAUCCUUCAAGGAUUCAGAUUCGACAAAUUACAAUAAUUUAAACGUGAUAAACAAUUUAAAAUUAGAAGUUGUCGAUGAAAAUGAAACAAACUAUUAUGCAAACAACAAUAAAAAUCAACAACCUGAUUUAAUACAAAUAAUAUCCGAACAAAUUUGUAAUCGGUCACAAAGUUACGAAGAUGUCAAACAACCGCAGAUAGAAAUCAUAACUGAAAACAUUGAUGAAAAAUUAAAAAUUAUCGAUGUGCAAGAAUUAACAACUCCAGAAUUUUGCGAUAUUAAAGUGAUCCCUGAAAUUCUAUUAAAAUCCAAUUCUGAUAAUUUUCAAGAUGCAGAUAAGACAACAAUCGAUCAUGAAUUACAACCUAUUGAAUUUGUCGAAAUCAAAACUCCAUUCUACGACAUUCCAGAAAAAUUAAAUAAUGUUAAUAAUUUAUCUGAUUCGAAAUGUAGCGAUCAAGAAUCAUCAUCCAAUACAAUGAUCAAAGAUGGUAAUGUCGAUAGGAGGAAAAAAACUCCAAGCAAAAAAAAUUCAAAUAAUCUUUUGUUUAAUGAAAAGGAAGUGGAUGAAAAAUAUCUACGCCUGGCUGAGGGUGAAGUGUGCAAUAUUGACAUAGAAGAAAUGCAAGCUGUUAUAAAGAAAAAACAAAAUCCUAAUGCAAAAUUAUUUUGUAAAAAAUGUAAUAAAUCAUUUAAAUCUUUCAAGUGUUUGAAAAAGCAUAAAAAUUGGCACGAUUCCAUGCCGGAUAUAUUCAUAUGCGAAAUAUGUAAAAAUUCAAAAUUUUGCAAAAAUUACGAAUUUUCAAGUUUGAAAAGUUUAAAUUGUCACCUGAAUCGAAAACACGGGUCGUACGAAAGGGAUGAAACGAAGAAGCACGAGUGUAAAAAGUGUAAUAAAAUUUUAUUCUCACAGGGUGAACUAAAUGCUCAUUAUAAAAAAACUCACGACGAAACCGGAGCUUUUUGUCAAAUCUGUGGGAAAAAAUUUAAAAACAAAGUUCGACUGAGUAGUCAUUUGAUUGUUCACGAUGAAAAAAGGCCAUACGUUUGCGAUCAAUGCGGUCAGUCGUUUAAAUGGAGCAGCGGUUUGAAAGUGCACCUGCAAAGGCACAAGCAAGAAAAAAAUUUCCUAUGUUCGGAAUGCGGUAAAGAAUUCACGACGAAAAAAAAUCUAAUCGAACACAUAAGCAUACAUAACGGCGACAGACCGUUUGUUUGUAAUAUUUGCGCGGCUGCUUUCGUACACAUAGCAGCCUACGCCAAACACCUUCACCUUCACAAUGAACAAAAAAUUCACAAAUGCGACAAAUGCGACAAAAGUUACAGUCAUGCAUACGGUUUGAGACAACAUUUGCUGAGGCAUUCGAAUGUUCGACCCUAUAAAUGCUCCGUUUGUUUGUCCUCAUUCAAAUCUCAAUCGGAUUUAUGGAGUCACAAUAAAACUCAUCAGGAGAAAAGAUACGGUUGCGAUGUUUGCGGUCAAAAAUUUGCCAUAUCGAAAACGUUAAGGGAUCACAUGGUUUUGCACACGGGUAUCAAACACAUUUGUCCGGUACCCGAUUGCGGGAAAACUUAUUCGCAAAGAUUCACUCUCACGAAACAUUUUACUAAAAAUCAUCCAACUCUGAGCAUAAUAAACAGAAGAGGAGGUAGAAAACCUUUUUCGACGGUUAAAUCGCACUCGGAUCAUAAUCCUUCAAACGAUCAAAAUUUCAUUCGUUACGAAUUCAAAAAAAAAGACUCCGCCACGUCCACUACCACCACCACCACCGCCGCCGCCACCGCCAUAUUCUAA